AUGAUAUUUUCGAGUAGUGAUUCAGAAUUUAGCAAUUCUUCAGAUGACAUGGGAAAUAAACAAUGUAAAAAUUAUUUAAAUAUGGAUCAAAAUGAUUUAAAUACACAAAAUGAUAUCUUUUUAAGAGAUAUAACACCAAAAUUAAGUGAAAAAACAAAAAAACGUAUAAAAAAUAUUGAUGCACUUCAAAAUAUGUUAAAUUAUAAAAUGGAUGAUUUGAUAAAUGAGGAAAAUUUUGUUGGUGCUGAAAUUUUUAAACAAAAUAUUCAAUUAUUGGAAGAAAAAAAAACAACAGCAGUAGAUAUACUACAAAACAUUGACAUGUUAGUUGAAAAGUUUGAAUUUAAAAAAGCAAAUGAUUGUAUGGAGAAUUAUAAAGAGUUGAUGAAAAAUUUUAUAAAUUUCAAUGAAAUAAAGGAAUUUCUUGAUAAAACAGAGAAGCGUAAAAUUAAUUCACUAAUUUCUGAAUAA